UAUAAGCAAGUGGUCACACAGAAUUGCGAUUAAAAACGUGCACCCGGCUUUUUUCGGGGUAAACAGUAUAUAUUACUUGCAUUAAACCUUAAAAUAUAUCCCACCUUAAUGAGUUCAAGUAAGAUACCUCCGUUGACCUACAAGGUGGUGGCGGAGUGCUCUGUUUCCAAAGCCAGGGCAGGAUUAAUGACCCUCAGGCACAGCGAGGUGAAUACUCCAGUGUUCAUGCCUGUGGGAACUCAGGGAACCCUAAAGGGCAUCCUGCCGGACCAACUCAUCGAGCUGAACUGCCAAAUCCUCCUGGGAAAUACCUAUCAUCUGGGUUUGCGUCCGGGAAUUGAUACCCUGAAAAAAGCUGGUGGUCUGCACAAGUUUAUGGGCUGGCCCAGGGCCAUCCUAACCGACUCCGGUGGCUUCCAGAUGGUUUCCCUGCUGCAGCUGGCCGAGAUCGAUGAGCAUGGCGUGAACUUUAGAUCCCCCUUCGACAAUAGUCAGUGUAUGUUGACACCAGAGCAUUCGAUACAAAUACAAAAUGCCAUUGGAGCGGAUAUAAUGAUGCAGUUGGAUGAUGUGGUCAAGACGACUACAACUGGACCUCGAGUGGAGGAGGCCAUGGAGCGGACCAUACGCUGGGUGGAUCGCUGCAUUGAGGCACAUGCCCGCGAUGAUGAUCAAUCGCUGUUUCCCAUUGUCCAGGGGGGAUUGGAUGUGCCACUGCGCCAACGUUGCGUAUCCGCCCUGAUGGAGCGUCAAGUUCGAGGGUUCGCCGUUGGAGGAUUAAGUGGUGGCGAGAGUAAACACGAUUUCUGGCGGAUGGUGGAUGUGUGCACGGGUUAUCUGCCCAGGGAUAAACCACGCUACCUGAUGGGCGUGGGAUUUGCAGCGGAUCUGGUGGUCUGUGUGGCCCUUGGCAUCGAUAUGUUCGAUUGCGUUUUUCCCACCCGGACAGCUCGUUUUGGUUGCGCCUUGGUGGACAGUGGUCAACUGAAUUUGAAGCAACCAAAGUACAAACUGGACAUGGAACCCAUUGACCAGAAGUGCCAUUGUAGCACCUGCAAAAGAUAUACUAGAUCCUAUCUGCACCACAUUGCCACCAAUGAAAGUGUUUCCUGCUCAUUGCUAAGCAUCCACAAUAUAGCCUAUCAACUAAGAUUGAUGGGUAGCAUGAGGCAGGCCAUUCAGCGGGAUGAGUUCCCACAAUUCGUCAAGGAUUUCAUGGCCAAACACUUUAAAACCGAUCCCAUUCCGGCUUGGAUACGAGAAGCUCUGGCAGCUGUGAAUAUUCAAUUGCCAGCGGAUCCGGAGAAGGAAGAUCAGGACCUGGAAAAGAAGACAAAGGCAGAGAAGCGACAGGAGACAGAGAAUGUGGCCGAGGAGCAGGUGGCCACCAGCUAAGAACAUAGUAAAAUAACACAGUUUUGAUACCCUUAAAGAUUCAAAAACUGACUGGUUUGUAAAUAUUUUUUAAAACCUUGUAGACAUUUGAAACACAUGAGACAAACCAUGUACAUAUUUAGUUUAAGCAUAAAAU